ACAUUCGACCAACUGAUCGAUCACGACAACUCUUCUCUUGGAACCUUCAAGCAGCGGUACUGGUGUAGCCUUAAUUAUGCGAAUGGCACCAACCCCCCUGUCGUGUUCAUAUCCCCCCUAGAUGCUGAGGCUGAACAAGUGAAGUUCUGGUUGCACGAUGACUAUGUCAUUGGCGGCAUGAUUGCACGACGCAUUGGAGCUGUGAUGCUGCUGCUUGAGGGUCGAUAUUUUGGUCAAUCGUCGCCAUAUCAGCAACUCACGACUGAAAAUAUGAAGUACUACACUGAGGAUCAGAUUAUGCGCGAUAAGAUAUACUUCGCUGAAAAUGUCAAACUACCAUUUGCGAAAAAUGGGAGCGCCAGGCCGGCCAAGGUGCCCUGGGUUCAUACAGGAUGCUCGGGGCAGGGAAAUCGAGUCUUGUUCACGCAGAAACAGUAUCCAGGUACAUUCUGGGCAAGUUGGGCGUCAAGUGCACUACCACAAGCGAUUUCUGACUACUGGAGGUAUUUUGACGCUGCCAAAGCAUAUUUGCCCAAGAACUGUACAGCAGAUGUCGAGAAGGUCAUUGAGCAUCUGGACAAUGUCAUGCUUCACGGCUCAGCAGAUGAAAUCCAGCAAAUUAAGGAAGACUUCGGGGCUCCUGACCUCAAACACAACGAUGAUUUUAUGAACCUCCUCAACUAUGGACCGCAGUCUUAUCAGGGCGCUUCUUUACGCAUACACAAUACGUGGGAGUUCUGCGGCUACGUCGAGAAUGCCGUUGGCGUUAUAGACAAGUCUAAGCUUCCAGGCUCAGGAGGUGUUGGUCUAGACAAGGCGUUGGCAGGAUAUGCCCGCUGGACCAAAGAGGUCUGGAUCCCUGGAAAAUGUGAGGAACGAGGUCCCUGGAAGGGGGUGACCAACACGGGCUGCUUCAACUUUGGUGACACUGACAGCUUGGUUUACGCCAAUAAGACGUUGGCCAGUUCAGGCAUUGCAAAGACGCUUCAAUUCCAAUGGCUCCUCUGUAACGAGCCUGAAGACUACUGGCAGACGGGUUCACCAGAGGGUUCACCGACACUGGUCUCACGCUUGGUGAACAGGGAGUACUUCAGGAAGACAUGUGCGCGUUAUUUCCCUCCCGGCCCUGGUGGAGAGACCUACGGCCUGGCCAAGGGAAAGACGACAGAAUCAUGGAACGCUCACUAUGGAGGCUGGAGCGACCCUUCUCCGUACGUGAAGAGGACUGUCUUGGUUGAUGGUCUGUAUGAUCCUUGGCGGGCAGCGGGAUUUGCUUCUUCACAAAGACCUGGAGGCGUGCUCGGCAACAGCACCCACAUCAGACACUUUUUGAACCCCUUGGGCAAUCACUGUACUGAUACGUUUCGCAAUGCUGGUACUAUUUGGCCAGAGGUCAAAGCCAUCCAGGAGGCUGGCAUUCAUCAGAUUGAGAAGUGGGUCGCAGAGUUUCCCAAGAACAGGUAA